CGUUUUAUAACAUCAUAUCAAAGCAAUGGGAAGAAAAAAAACAGCCACCAUAUGUUUACAUUCAACACUAAGCCUUCCAUUAGUUACCAAAAAUCCUCAAAACCCUAGGAUUUUAGUUGAAGAGAUAGGUGGUUUAAUUAGGGUUUAUAAAGAUGGACACGUGGAAAGGCCCCAGAUCGUUCCACGUGUCAAGUGUACGUUACCCCUUGAAUAUGGGGUAACAUGCAUGGAUCAGAUAAUCGACGAGUUUACAAAUAUUUGGGCACGCUUUUAUGUCCCAAAACACAAUGAGAAGGUCCCUUUGCUUGUUUAUUUUCAUGGAGGAGGGUUUUGUGUUGGUUCGGCUGCAUGGAGUUGUUACCAUGAAUUUCUUGCACUUUUAGCUAGGGAAGUUCGUUGCGUGAUCAUGUCGGUAGAUUACCGUUUAGCCCCUGAAAACCCUCUUCCGGCUGCGUAUGAGGACGGACAAAAAGCACUUAUGUGGGUGAAACAACAAGCUUUAAGCGGUUCCAACAAAUGUUGGUUAAAGCAAUGUGAUUUCUCCAACGUGUAUUUGGUUGGCGAUAGUGCUGGUGGCAAUAUUGCACAUAAUGUAGCGUUAAGGUUGUGCGCGAAUCGGACACAUCUAAAACCACUAAUCUUCAAAGGUAACAUUCUUAUCCAACCCUUUUUUGGUGGUGAAUCAAGAACGGGUUCAGAAACUCUCAUGGUCCAACCCCCGGGCUCUACGCUCAACCUAAGAGCCUCGGACACGUAUUGGAGACUCUCGUUACCGAAAGGGGCAAACCGUGACCAUCCAUGGUGCAACGCGAUGACAAAUAGGUCAAAUAAGUUGGAUAGAAUGACAUUUUUGCCCACCAUGGUAUGUGUAUCAGAAUUGGACAUUUUGAAAGAUAGGAAUAUGGAAUUUUGUAGGGUUUUGAGAAAUUCAGGGAUAGAAGUAGAUCAUGUGGUGUAUAAAGGUGUUGGUCAUGCAUUCCAAAUCCUUGACAAAUCUCCACCUUCACAAAUGCAAACUCAAGAAAUGAUUUCACAUAUCAAAGCCUUCGUCAACAAGAGAAAUCAUAAAUGAAAUCAUGAACUUGCUAUCAUGACAUGUAUAUGUAUAUGUAUAUAUUAAGAUUAUUAUUAUUAUGUAUAGAAAGUGUUUUCACUUGGACUGUGUAAAUAGUUUCAUAUUAUUAUUUGUAAAGA